AUUAGAUUGGGUUAAGUGGAGCUCUUGAGACUCUAUGUGGGCAAGGAUUUGAAGCAAAGUCAUUCAAACUGCUUGGGAUUCAUCUGCAAACGGCUUGUAUCACAACCACCCUCUUCUCAAUCAGUAUCUCAUUCCUCUGGUUUUUUACAGAACAAUUACUGAUUUUUCUCCGCCAAGAUCGUCAAAUUGCAGAGGCCGCAGGCCUUUAUACCAAGUUUCUGAUUUCAAGCAUAUUUGCCUAUGGUUAUAUUCAAAACAUGUUAAGGUUUCUUCAGACACAAUCAGUUGUUAGGCCUGCGGUUUUGUUGUCAGCAAUCCCACUGGUCUUGCACAUUGGUAUUACAUAUUGUUUAGUACAUUUAACACCUCUUGGUUUCGUAGGAGCUCCACUAGCAACCUCAAUCACACUCUGGUUAUCCUUUUUUAUGUUGGUUGCAUAUGUCAUGUUCUCCAAGGAAUUUAAUCUCACUUGGCAAGGAUUUUCACUUGAAUCCUUCAGUUACAUUCUCACAAACUUGAAACUUGCCCUUCCCUCUGCAACUAUGGUGUGCUUGGAAUAUUGGGCGUUUGAGAUUCUGGUGUUCUUAGCAGGAUUGAUGCCAAAUUCGGAAGUAACUACUUCAUUAAUUGCAAUAUGUGUGAACACCGAAGCCAUAGCAUACAAUUUUACGUAUGGCCUCAGUGCUGCAGCCAGGUUAGGGAGAAAUCAAAUUUUGUACUCUUUCAAAUUCCACAUUUUUACCUUAUCUUGGUUAUUUAAUAAGCGUAUUGUCACAACAUACAGCACAAGGGUGUCGAAUGAGUUAGGAGCAGAUCGUCCUGACAAAGCUAAAAGUGCAAUGAUUGUUUCCCUGAAGCUAUGUGGAGUUUUUGCCUUGAUACUAAUUUUAGCUCUAGGAUUCGGACACAACAUCUGGGCUGGCACGUACAGUGACAGUUCUGAUAUAAUAAAAUCUUUUGCUUCCAUGACUCCUCUGCUUGCAAUAUCCAUAAUUGUUGAUUCUUUUCAGGGUGUUCUGUCAGGUGUGGCUAGAGGAUGCGGUUGGCAGCACAUAGUUGUUUAUGUGAACUUGGCAACAUUUUAUAUCGUUGGCAUGACUGUUGCAGCCAUCCUUGCGUUUAAAUUUGAAUUAUACGUCAAGGGCUUGUGGAUUGGUAUGAUAUGUGGUCUGUCGUGCCAAGCAAUCACACUCAUGGUGAUAACGAUGCGUACACAAUGGACCAAAUUGGAGCUGUCUGAAGAGAAUUCCGAGAUGGAAGAGUCGUCAAUUUUAGCUUGAAUAUUGAUUGUCAUGAAUUAAGCAUGCAAUGAAAUCAUAUAUUAUAUAUUUAUGUAAAUGAAAUGCAUGCAUUUGUGGCAAGGAUGCAUGGCUUGUUUUUAGAGACGUUAUAGAAAUGAUGGAGUAGGUUUUGUAGUUUCAACCAUGAGCUUAAUUCACUGUUUAUAAACCCUACUUAAAAAAGAAAAGAAAAACUAAAUCAGUAAACAAACAUAUAUACCUAUUUUAUCAAAACGUUUAGAAAUACAUCAAGACACCUUUAUAAUACAUAUUUGUAAUCUAUUUUCCAUACAAUUACGUAUAUGUAGUAUAAUUUAAAUUUGGAGCAGCAUUGAAAACUUGGAGUAC